AUGUCGUUUUUUCCGAAUUUGCCACGUUUCGGCAACCGCCCGGCAAAAGAUUGCACCCUAUCUGUGCAUCGAUUUCUGCAAAAGAUUUGCGCACGUUACGAAAAGGAGCUCGACUGUGGUGCUCGAGCCGGCAUUAGCCUACUUUUUUUGCGGCCGGGCGUCUUGGAGGCACCCCAAUGGAGACGUGGUGGAGACGGGAUCAACUACCCAGAGCCUGACGAAAAAUUGCGGAGCCCCAAACCGCAUACAUGGCGAGAAAAGCCGAUGGGGCAAUGGUGCCGAAAUGUGAGCGCAAACGUCCACGUUCAAUGCCCCCGCGCAUCCUACGCCUUUCAAUACGACUGUUGCGGUGAAACAAUGGCCGAGUGCUGUUUUGCAUUGAUGGGAUGGGUCUACCUACUACUCGGUUGUAUAGUGGUAGUCGGGAUCAGUACCCUCACUUUCCAUCUCCUACUCCACUUCAACCUCUUAUGGCCUAUCGAGAAGAAGAUAGAACUAAGAAGGAUGACAAUCAUCGAGGAAAAACCGAGACUAAUCAACGCA